AUGACGUUUCACCAAAAUGUCACUUUUGAGUCGAGUGUUGGAACAAAAUUUCAGCAGCUGAAUAUUUAUUUACCAGAAUUUGCCCAAAGUUCGUAAAUUAAUUUUUAUUUCAAUCAGAAUGUUUACUUUGUGGUCGCUGAUAGAAGCUACGCUCCUCUGCCUCAACGCGGUCUGUAUUCUGCACGAGGAACGCUUUUUAGCUAAAUUUGGAUGGGGAGCGUCGGCCCAAGUUCAAGGAUUCGGCGAAGCGCCAACGGUUAAGGCCCAGGUUCUCAAUUUAGUACGGUCAAUUCGAACUGUUGCGAAAAUUCCGCUGAUAUUCCUAAAUAUUGUCGCGAUAAUAUUUAAGCUUUUACUAGGAUAAUACAAAAAUGACUUCUCGAUUAAACUCUUUUGAUAUUUUGUAUUAUAUAUGUGUUGUAAUGAAAUUACAAUAAAAUCA